UAUCGUCGUGGUCUGAUUUUUGGUAUCGUUUUUUUGCCUUCUUUCUUGUUUUUUUACUUUUUUGUUGUGUUUUUUUUAUUACCUGGUGAUGAAAUUUCUGUAUGGAUUCUUCGAUUGAAUGUUUGGGUGAUGAUCGGUGUAUUUCUUAUCGCGAUCGUGGCUGCUCUUUUUUCUUCGCCGUUCUUUUGGCCUUAAGCAAAAUUUUAACUUCCUCUUGGGAUUUAGAGUCGGUGAAUGAACAAGAAUUAUGAGGUUUUCUUGAGUAAGGGGAAUCCAAGAAAGGUAUCCUUUUGCACCAUUCUGUGACAGAAAAGGUUCCUCAAAUAUUGAAUCUGUAUCUGAAGCCUAAUACGUCAAUGUUUUAAGCAUUUCCAUAUAUUUGAGCUAGGAUUUGGGGACAACGAUUCUAUUCCAUUUUUUCGUUCACUUAUUUUGCAUAGAAAUGAACAUAUGUGAACAAAGAAGAUGGAUUUAGAGGAUAUCUGACAGGCACUUGUUUGAUCUAUCUGGAUCACUGAUGAACAGAUAUGGUUUUGGUUUGGUGUACCCUUCGAGAAUUAUUAGAUUGAACUACUGCAGUUUCAGUAUGUUAAGCUUCCGACGUUGAUUUGGCCAACAAACAAGCAUUAUAGGAAAAAGUUAUUGCCAGAAACUAUAGAUUCUUGCUUUGUGGAAUUUACAUGUAACCCAACCCAUUGUACUGCUCUGAGAAAGUGAUGGAUCAUUGCAUAUCACUAUGAUCUAAUGUUAAGAUGGCCACUAGUGUCUCACGAAUGAAAACAGACAUGAUUUGGUGCUUGGGGCUUUUCUAUGCUAAUUUCUUCGAUGCUACAUAGUGUAAGACAUGUAUCAGUGCAAUGCUAUUGUUCUAAGAGCUCUUUUAGGGCUGUUAGAACUAAUAUUAACUAUGGUUUUCCUUAGUGGUAAUGGGUAGAUUGGAGUACCAAGUUUGGUCAAGAUGCUGGAUUUGCUGAUAAAACUUAUCUCUGUGGUUUGUGUGCAACGGGGAGGAGAACAGUUGUGUAUGGACAUCUUUACAUAUAUGUCUAUGCACACUUUUAUGUAAACAAAUUGACAUUAGCUCCAGUAAACUCUAUAUCUCUGCUUGUUGGCGGCUGCUCCCUUCCUUGAGAGAGUUCACCCAGGUUUUGGUUUGCUGGAGGAAUUAGUUUCAUAAAAGCAGACGAUUAUGGGCCACCGACUCAUCUUUAACAAUACACCUCAGGUUUCUGAAACUGACCGUGACCAGGGAUGGAAUCAUCCGGAGCAGCCCUACAUGCCCAUUGCAAGGGGCAUUUCUGAAAGCAGUUCGGUUGUUCAUCCUGUGGAUAAUAUGCCAGUCCAAGGUGUUCACUUUCCUUCUCAGUGGCCCCCUGCUCCUAGGUCAAGCGGGUACCCUUCAGCCAAUUUUAAUGGUGAAUUACCACAAUAUCAACCGAUGGCUCCUGGUCCAUCUCAUGAUCCUUUCAUGCAUCAAUCUGCUCCUGGGAACAUCCACAUGUUUCAAAAUAAUUAUAUGCAUCGCCCACCUUCAUCCAACAUUAGUGGGCAAACUAUACCUGGAGCAGAUGGUGGUUUCUACAAUCAGACAAUGGCUGGUGGCAGGGGAUCAUACAAGCGGAAAAGUCCUGGCAUUCCUCCAAUCUGUGAGAGGGGUUCUACAAGCAGAUACUAUGAUGUUGGAAGCUCUUCUGAUGUUCGCUUACCUGCAGAUCCAUGGCAGGAAAAGCCGAACAAUGAAUCUUAUCAUCCCUACUGGGAAUAUCAACCAAGUUAUGGUGUUAAUGGGCUCUCCAUUGGUGGUGAGGGUACAGUAAGAAAUGUGAGAAGCAGAGCUGCAGUUGACAGGGAAACUAAUGUUGCCAGGGCCCAUUUGUCAAGCAAUUCUUUGCAUCACCCAUCUAGCAGAUCUUCUGAUCAAUGUAAUUCAGUGGAAUUCUGGAGCCAGAGCACAAACGCCCCAAGGGAAUGGAACAGUAAUAUUAUAUCACCAGCGACUUCUAAUGGAGCAGCUUCAGGCUCAGAUCCUAGUUUCCUUAACCGUGAUCCAAGCUCCCUGAAUGUUCCGAACACCCAUCCUAAUAGUUCCCUUGAAAUUGGGGGUUACAACAAUGAUGCUACCCGUGGUCCUGGCACUGUUAACAACCAUGUGAAUCCACCCUUUAGAGGGAUGCAAAGUGGCUAUAGUCAAAGAUCUGCCCCAACUUUCCAGUCUUCCUCAAGCGCAUUUCGUCCCGGACAUGUUGCUCCAUCUGAUGAUGGGCAGCAGGUGGUUUCUGAGAGCUAUCACUCAAGACAUCCUCGGAUACAUCCCAACUUAAGGCUGCACAAUGUGGAAAGAAGCACAAGGACUUUCCCUCGAAGUGACAGAUAUAGAUAUUAUAAUGAGGAGGAAAACAUCCGUGACAGAUGGACACCAGAGGGUCUUGUGGUUGUGGACCACUCUGCAUAUUAUGGAUCUAGAGCUGCUAUGCUUGAUCAUUACAGGGACAUGAGGCUUGACAUUGACAACAUGAGCUAUGAGGAACUCCUUGCACUGGGAGAAAGGAUUGGAAGUGUCAGCACCGGCUUGUCUGAUGGUUUGAUUUCUAAGUGCCUGACCGAGUCAAUAUAUUGUUCAUCGGACCUAUCUCAAGAUGAAGGAACCUGUGUCAUCUGCUUGGAGGAAUACAAAAACUUGGAUGAUGUCGGGACAUUGAAAGUCUGUGGCCAUGAUUUUCACGUGGGCUGUAUUCAGAAAUGGCUGUCGAUGAAGAACUCAUGCCCUAUCUGCAAAGCAGCAGCCGUGGAUGACAAAAUGAAGGACAAAACUGCUUAUUGAUGGAACUAUAAUUCCAUCAAACCUUUUUAUUUUGUUGUUGUACAUAUAUCUAUUUCAGAACAUUCCUCUGAAAAUGGAGGAGAUGAUGGCAUUGGCAUUGUCAUUGUUCAGCAAGACUAUUCUAAACUGCUGCUGCUAUUACAUUUUUGUUUUUGUUUGUUUCUCUUUA